UCAGAAUGGGAAGACUAACAGACAGGGAGUCAAAAAGUGCUCCUUUUGCUUCCUUCCUCAUUUUAAAAGGUUACCUGCAGCAGAAGAAAGCUUUGGACAGGGAGGUGCUGUGGUAUGUGUGGGAGCUCCUGAAAGAGAGUGACUGAGAUGAAAAGGAUAGAGACCUGAUGGCUCAAAGCAAUGAAAGAAGAUGCAUGUUUGGCCAGUUGUGAUUUAUGAUGGUGUGAAUGGAUUGCUCACUCAACAAGCCUUCCUCCCCCCUCAUUCUUUCCUGCUUUUCUUACUCACAUGUUGUCAUGUCCUUUCCUGGCCCCAACAAACAACAAAUUCAAGAAAAAAAAACUCCACUAAAUUCCCAGUGAAUAUGACCUAAGAUGAGCAAAUUGUAUAUCAAAGUACUAAUAGAUAAAUAUAAACCCAUGCAAGAUAAGAUUUUUGUGAAAUACUUUCCGGUUAUUCAGUAACAGCUUGUUGUGGUCAGACUCAUCAAUCCCCUGCUUGUUCAUAUUGUUCAACCAACUCACUGCCAGGUUAUGAUUAGUUCAUAAUGUUCUGUUAAAGCUGAAAUUUCAAUGUUGAAUUUAUUUAUUAUUAUUGAAAUAAGUAGCUGUAGGUUGAAGUUAGACACCCUCAAGCAGUAAUUGUGCAUCUUCUACAAAUACAAAUAUCAUAUAGAAAACCAGUUAUGAUGCUUUUGAACUUUUCAAUUGUCGAUAGACUCUGGUAUGAAGAGAUACACUCUCUUCAUACCAGUUAGAAGUGGCUGAUGUUUGUAAUUGAAGCAAAUGACAGGGAUAGCAAUUUGAAAAAGAAGAGAAUUUUUGUCUGAAAUUGUAAAUGUUGAAAUGUUAAACAGUAUGGAAAACAUUUUGUCAAUCAGUGAUUUAUUAGGCUAUUUGAUUUAUUUAGCUAAUACGAUCUGCAGAACAUGCUUUUCUAGAGGUUAAAAAAAAUAUUUAAAGAGAAGGAUUACGCUUUCUUUCAAAGUUUUAGUUGACUUUCAGGGAGGACUAGACAAUAAAUAAAGCCUAUACCCUUUACUACUAUAGUUAGCUUUGACUCUAAUUAUUUCUGAUCAAACUGGUCAAAAACAAAGAAUAGCUACGAACGAUUGCUAAUUAUGGCUUCCAUCAUCUUAACUAGCUUUUGGACGUCUGAUCUACCAACCUGCUUGACCUUGGUGGGUUCUGCUCGCUGUCACAUAGAGAUUUUAAAAGUUUAAAAAAGCCACAGCAACUCCUUGAAUUUUGUGAUUUAAUGGAUUUUUCAUACAUCACUGACUAUCUAUGGGCAAAACAUAACCAGAGUAAAAUUGAGACAAGGAGGCCUGAUGGUGUUGAGCUGUGUGACGGCUGACAGGUCUGCCUGGGAUCCAUACAGCUUCUGUUUUCUGCCGACCGGUUUGAUUCUGGGACAAGAACCCUGAUUAUGUUUCAGAAGCUUCAAAGAGGAGAAACUGACAGGAUCCAGGCUCUUCAAUAACAAGCCAAGAAAACCCAGGUUUAGGUCACUUAGCUCUGUUCUGCAAGUGAAAUGAUACAAUAAGGCAAAACAUUAUUUCCAGUAGCCUAAUGCUUCUAAAAAGCCACAUGUCCAAAACAGUCAAUUAGUCAGUCAAUGAAUACAUUCAUCAAUUUUAAAAACUAUUAUGCUUGAAAGAUAUCAAAGUUUUAGAGACAACUGGAUGUGUUCAACACAGUGAAACUAUUAUUGUUAACAGGAUCAGGAGUCACAGUUAGGAUCAGAACUCACUCUGUCACUUCAUUCUUCCCUUAUAAGAUUAGACUAUUUAACUGGAUGACCAAAGUUAGCAAAAUAUCCUUUCAAAUAUUCUGCUAAUUAAUUUUUUUACAGUAAUAUUAGAAAAUUGGAAAAUAAUAAGAACUCUUCGCUCAUGCAUGAGCAAGCGGUCACAUUUAUCGCUGUCGAUUCUGUUUAACAGAAUUGUUUGGCUUGGCACUUUUUUGGCCCCGGAGCAAAAAGUGCAAUUUGACCCCUGGAAAAACCCCCUUCCCCCUCUGAUGAUGUCCAGCUUCCUUUGAGAUUGUGGUUAAAGAUUAGCAUCUCUUAUAAAGAUUAACUCUCUGUCAUGCUGACGGCAUGAGUUUUUGGUUCAGGACUGUUUCUACCUAAGGCCAAACUCUCAGUGACCAGAGGGAACUAGGAACACAGAAGAGUUCCACAUGGGUGGAUAAUCAAAAAUAAGAUGUAAGAUAAUGAAGCAAAAUGGCUCAGAUACUUCUUGGAGAACGAGGCUUUAAAGAGCAGAGUGGCUUGUAAACUAUGAACAAACAGAAAAUUUGAAAAGGAAAACGUUUUUGUCAGAUGUAUGACAAAGAAAUAAAGCAAAAGCAUCUGUUUUUUUUAAAUGGGUUGUGUUUAUUUUGAUGUGAAUAAAUUAUUGGCAUGUGUAACAUAUCCAUCCAUCCAUCCACCCAUCCAUCCAUCCAUCCAUCCAUCCAUCCAUCCACCCAUCCAUCCACCCACCCAUCCAUCCAUUCAUCCAUUCAUCCAUUAUCAAACACGCUUACCCCUAGUGAGGUGGUGAGGCCUGCUGGUGCCCAUCUCCAGCGGUUACCAGGCGACAGGUGGGGUCACCCUGACAGGUCAGCAGUCCAUCACAGAUAUUCAUUACAUUUCUCACAACCAAAUAAAUGCGUUUUUCAAAACAUUUUAAAAGUUUAAAUACAGCAAAAAAAAAAAAAAAUCAGCAGACAACUUUAGCUAAAAAAAUAUUUCAAAGUACAUUUUUGCCCACAAAAAAUGUAGUUCCGUGACAACUGAUGGCCACAAUAAAACAGAAGAUGAGUCAUUUUGGCGUAAUGUAAAUACAAAACCCCCUCUCCCUAUUUUAUUGACUUCUAAAAUUAUGUUGUGUUUUUGUUCUAGAAGUUUUAAAAUUGUCUGAAAACAGAAGAAGGAGUGAAUGUAGAUGAAUUUGAUUCCAGGGCAGAUCCUGCCAUUGAAAAGUAGAGCUGAUGUUGAAAUGUCAUCCACCUGAAACUGGUUGGGGGCAGAAAACACAUUGCAGUGUUCAGCAUGUCGAAGCUUGUCCAUUUGGUGCAACUGUGGUGUUGAUGAUGAUGAUGAGGCUGCAUAACAAACAGACUUCAUUCCACUUUAAACAACACAAAUCAAGCUGUUUGAAGUGUUUGUAAAAUGUAGGAGUUUUACUAUGUCUCCUGGUGAGUGAUAGCUUCAAAGAUCAGGUCCACCUUCACUGAACUGUGCUGUAAUAUCAGAUUUUGCACAUUUUUACACAGGAAGUUUGUAAACUUUCCAGAAAAACUCUUCUACAAGAGGGAUUAUUUAUUUGCAAAUCAGAUAAACAUAUACAUGGUGAACAAUAAGGGUAGCAGAAAAGGGCUUCCCUAAAAGUUUCACUUAAAAAAAAAAAAAAAAAAGAUGGAGACGGAAUUCAUAUUUAGCGUGCAAAGGAUAAAUAAAAUAAUUUAUUACCUAGUUUGGUCAUAUUUAAACUACAAUGAAGAUGUAACUGCAUCCAUCAAGGCAGGUGAUUGAUGGAUAUGUUACACAUGCCAAGUAACAAAAAUACAAGAUGACAGAAUAUGAACUCAGCGUGAUUGUGGAAGAAUAUGCAUUUUAAAGAUGAACUGUCAAGUGAAAACUAUAUGAAGAAAAUCACUGAAAAGCUGCUGAGGAAUCUGCACUUAUCUCAGAUGGACAGCAGAUAGCAGAGCACAUGUUUAAUAGUCAGAUGAGUCAAUUCUCCCAAUUCUUCAGCAAAAGCAACUUUAAAUAUGGUGUCAGAAAUAAAAUAGAUCAUCCUGGGAAACUUAUAAAGCCCAGUUUGUGUGUUAGCUUUAUAGUCUCUCUGUGCCCACAGUCAGGACGAUUACCUGCUUUGUGCCACACAAAGACUAUGAAGAAAUUUAACAACUAUUUGCUACUAUCCCAUGACUUCUGCACAGAGAGUUAUGUUGUGUUGGUGUCCAUAAAACAUGCUUUCAUCAGCUUCACAAGAACAGAGUGAGCAUUAUGAAGAGGACAGACAGACAACAAUAAAGUACUUCGCACUUGCAUUUCAUCACAAAUCUAACUUCAAGGGAAACACAGAGGUCUACUUUAAAACGGCAACAUGUUAUUUUCAAAAUAUCACGUACAAAAAUUGAUCAGAAGCAGAUGAUUAGAGGAUGUCAACAUUCUUUCCUAUUUUACUCCAUCAACUCAGUCAGUCAAGACAUAUAAAGUAUUUUCCUUUCUAUUACUGAAUAAACAGUAACAACAAAAAUGAAGAAAAUUGUAAGAACUGUUUUUAUUCAGAUUUGUCUUUUUACUUUUCUGAAAAUGCAUUUGCUCAUUAGAUUUACUCAAGGUGCUCUUCAUCAAUUAGCUGGUUGCUAAAUAAAUACUUCAGCAUGGGAAUGAUAACUUUCUAUGUUGAGUAACAUGUUUGCUACAUGACACUAAUGGUGUGAGUCACUGACUGUAGUUUAGUUCAUUUUAUUUUUUGUAUAUAAAAUCAGUUCACACCAAGCAUGUUUUCACUAUGAACAGGUUCAAUUUUCAGUUCAAAUCAAUUUUAUCUAUUGCACCAAUUCAAGACAAAUAUCCCGUCACGUCUGAGGUCCACUUCAUAUCCACUUCUACACAAUUCAGAUUUGGAUACAGUUCAUUUGAAUAAAGUGAAAAUAAGAGCUAUUCAAAUUCAAAUACAGACUCAGUUACAGGCUGAGUCUGUAGAUUAUGAAAUAUUUACUUAUCAGUCAAAACUGUUUUCAGUUUCUAUAAAACAGAAAGUUUAGAACAAGCAUUAGACUUUAAAUAGUAAAACAAUUCAGCCCUCGCCAUGGAAACAUUGCUUGAGGAUAAGUUUUAUAUAGUUUUGAUGAGACAUUUGGACUGAUGUAAUUGGAAUAUAAUUUGCUUAAGGGAGGAAAUCGUGUCCACCUCCCUAAUGAAACUGACAGAAGAUACAGAAGACAAAAGAGCAGAGUCUAAUAUGGUCUCAGUUGCAAAAGACAUAAUGAUUGAAAAUGUUGUUUUUUUUUUGUUUUUAAUAGUUUGAAGCUGUGACAUAAUGCAUAAACACUGGUUUAGUAUUUAAGUUGUCACUUCAGCAGGGUCCCGUGAUCAGUAAAGCCAGCAGCUAAACAGACAUUGUUAUGGGCUAAAUAUGGUGAAAUAUGGGUUUCUCACAGUUACUACAGAAAACUAAUUCAUUUUAGUUUGAGAUUCCCCAUAAAUUUCACUGCAGUCUAAUCCUACUGUGCUCUCCUUUAACCAACAAACCUUGGUGUUGUGAUGCACCUGCAGAAUUUCCCUGUUAAACCUUUAGCUCCUUUGACCUGGGAAAUGCACGUUGCUACAGCCUGUCUGAACAUCUCACACACUCUCCCCAGGAGCCUCUUCUUGAGCUCAAAUUUUCACUCCUCAGCAGUUCUGGGGGGCCCUGGAGGAGGCCUCAUUGUCUCAGCCUGCAAGCUAGCUGGCUAAGCUUGUCAGUCCCUGCAUCAUUUACUGGGCAACUUUAGACUAGUUCACUCUUGCUCAGUAGCUCCAGAGAGGCUGAGAGGAGGGGGAACACCGACUGCUGGUGCUGAGAUGGGGAUGGACCUCAGCCAGUGCUGUGUGUGAGUGCCUGCAUGGAAACUAUUUGAAUGCAACAGAGGCGGCAGAGCUGGUAGUGUUGCUGGAGUAGACUGGUACAGAGGUUGGGGGAUUUUUUGCUUUUGAUUUAUGUGUUUGGUAAAAGUUAACAGGAGUAGAAACAAAAACAAAAAUAAUUAAUAAUAACAUGAGCUAUAUGGAGUUCUUCCAUGUGGUUAUGGAUGUUUUUAUUUGUUUGUGUGUGUGUGUGUGUGUGUGUGUGUGUGUGGGUGUGUGUGCGUGUGUGUGUGUGUGUGUGGGUGGAUGUGGGUGUGAUCAGAGUGCUUAUGAAACAUACAGGAUUUACCUGCAACAGCUAAUACAACACUAAGUUCUGUCGGUCUUGUCUAUGACUGAAGCUGCAGUUAUUUAUGGGCUGUAGAGAAGAAACAGUUGCUUAAUAUUUGCACUGUUGCUUUUCCAAGCAGUUUGUGCUCUCAGUAAAAAGAGCAAAAGAGAUAUAUUAUGUCAUGAAUCUUAAGGUUUUCAUUAUAUUUCUUCUCUUUCUUUCUUUCUUUCUUUCUUUCUUUCUUUCUUUCUUUCUUUCUUUCUUUCUUUCUUUCUUUCUUUCUUUCUUUCUUUCUUUCUUUCUUUCUUUCUUUCUUUCUUUCUUUCUUUUCAUUUCUAACUAAAUGGAGGUAUACUUGGUAGUACUUUCGUUUUUUGUAUUUGGGAUUUGAAAUUCGGCUAUAUUCUAUUAGGCCGGUUUAAAACGAGAGGGAAGCGCCUUCAAUAUAAUAGGAUGUGUAAAAUGAUUACCAGGAUCAAUAGCAGCUCAUAUAACUCCCAGCCAAGCUUCAUCCUCCUCUCUGCCGCUCUUUGCUUUUAUUCCGGGAGUAAUUUAAAGGUCAGUAGCCUACCUGUCUGCGGUGUUUCUGUUCCAAACAUUCGAUCGACUACAUGAGGUCAGGGCUGAAGAUCGGAUUUUACAGACUUUUUAUCUUCAUCUUUUCUCUUUCCCCCUUCUAUUACCGCUUUCUCCUCCGUCUCCUCAACUUUUGUUCCUCGAAGCUUUCUGGAAGUGAUUUUCUCGAUUAAAAUAUAAAAUUAAAGGAAUCGUCCGGUGAGUGCAGAUGUUUUCGACUAUUUAUAUUAGGGAAGAGGAGAACUUAUUUUUUUUUUCUUUGACCUGAGGGUUACCACAAAUAUUAUUAACGGAGUUAUUUCGAAAAAGAUGGGUUUUUAUAUUAUUAUUAUUAUUAUUAUUAUUAUUAUUAUUAUUAUUAUUAUUAUUAUUAUUAUUAUUAUUAUUAUUAUUAUUAUUAUUAUUAUUAUUAUUAUUAUUAUUAUUAUUAUUAAAAAAGGGUACCUCGGGGGCACAGCUGAUAGCAUGUGAACGAAUUGUAAUAGUGCAGACAUGAUCCAGCUAAUAGAAGGUCAGUGUGAUAACCGCGGGUCCAGGCAGCAGGAAACAGUCAGCUCCUCAUGUGACAGACGGUUAUAAAUAUGUCUAUAAUAAAUGUUGAACACACUGUAACGAUGCGUAAAACGCUUGUUCUCCACGCGCAGCUCAUUUUCUUUUUCUUUCCAAAAUCAAAUGAAAAUAGAACAAGAGAAGAAGUUAAAAAAAAUGUUAGUUUAGAAACUCUGCACAGAGCUGCAUAACAACAGACUGAAAGUCACAAUAAAAGUAUGAGUGUUCAUGUCCAGAAGAGUCAGAGUCAUUUCCUGUGACCCACAUGAAUGGGAUCCCAUGCAGUCGGAUGAAAAAUGUGGAUUUCCACAAGGAACUGACUCACAGUUCUGGAGGCAAAGAUCCAGGACUCAAUCCUAAACACAACCCGUUGACACACGUCUGCCAUCGACAGAAAACCAAAAAAAUAAAUUAAUUAAAAAAUCACGGCCAUCGUAUGCGAAUACUGACGUGAUUUUACAAGUCAAUGGAGUCAACUUGUAAUCCGAUACGCUAAUUUCUCCAUAUGUUGCAGUCUUCCCACACCACUCAAAUGCUGAAACAAAAAAGGAGCUUAUUAAGGACUUGGUAAAUGAAUAACUCGAUUCUUCCCCCAGUCGUAGUGAGCUGGUCCUUGAGUCCAUGGAAAUGCUGCUUUAAAAGAAAAGUUGCAAACGGACACAUUCCAGGCUCCUACCUUCUACCCACACCGAGCCCGUCCUCUCAUUUAAGCAGCCAGCAGCCGCUGCUAUCUGUUUUAAAGUCGGGCCGUUUACACACAAGCAAACACGCACACACACUACUGGGUUCGAGGGAACUCAUAAAUCUUACGUAGCUAUAAACGACAGCGGUAGCGUCCUGAAUAAUACAAAUAGAGAGGAGGCAAGUUGAGGGAGAGGGAUGGAGCUGCUGCUGGGCUGGGGGGAGAAAGAGAUUGCAGAAUACUUUAUUGUUUUCGUUCGGUUUGAACGUCUUCACCUCCAUACAGACGUGUGUUUUUUCAUCUUCUAAAAGCACAAUUUCAGGGUAAUAUUUAAAAUACAUCUAUCUGUCAGCAUAUGCUUCGAACGAACAAUUUCAGUUCGUUGGUUUGUUGAGUCGAAUUUGAAGGAAGAUUAUCUGAUUAGAAAUUGGAUGUUGUGCCGUGAAAAAUAGUUUAGGAGUUUAUAAAUGACCAAGGAUUCAUAAAUGUUUUGAUGAUUUAAGAACAAUUUGAAUUGCUUUACUUUACUUUUCACAAUUAUUGUGUUAACUUUACUUUUCUCAUUCUACUUGUAUUGCUAAUGUAUUAGUUACUGUACGGCAGCACUAUUUGUAUUUUCAGUACAACUUUGCGACUCAUCAUCAUAACACUAAAAAGUUACAAAGUAGACCACCAUGUGCCACAUAUUUCCAGGUCAUUGCGCACUGAAUCUAAUCUCACAAAGCGAUAUAAGACAUUCUGGUAGUAGGGUUCUAGUGGGGUUCUAGUAGGGCCUACUGCAGUAAUCAAAAUGAAUGAAACCAUAUUAUUAUUAUGUUAUUGUUCUCGGGGAAUCCUAGGUGGUGACCCACGGGAAACAGUUUGAAACAAGACUGAGUGGCGGCAGGGGAAAGUUCGUUUUAAACCAGCUGUUAAAAGAUGCUAGUAAAACGAAUAAUUUCCGAGUCGUGUCCCAGAGUCACAGCUGUGUAACUGUCUGCUGUAACGUGUGUGAAUUGUAAAACGUGAUCAGAAGUUAUGGUGUCAACACGAAAGUUGACACCAUAACUUCCGAGCAAGGAAGUGGUUGGAGAGCCAGCAACUAACUGCGAGGAUUCUUUCCAUGAAGCUCAUUAGCAUAAUUUGUGAAUGACGUUUGAUGAGGGAGUCGUUGCGCUCAUGACUCCAAAUCCCUUUAUUUUGUUUCUGUGUCCUGAGUGUUGUUGGUGCCUAUUCGCGCUUUUUGUUAGAACAAAAAUAAAACAUCAGAAUGCAUGAAGAGCCAGGAGCAACAGCUCUGUUUGAAGGCUGUGUUGGCUCAUGCUCUUAGCCGUGUGCACCAGACAUCCCGGCUGCCUACCGGAGACCGAAGCCAUAAAGCCCAGAAAAGGACGUUUAAAGAAGGAGAGACUUCAAGAUCAAAGAGAUAAACGAGUGGAACAAAAUAGAAAGAAGGCGGAUAAACACUCAAAAUGCCAUGGGGUAACAAUUUGUUUCUCAGAGGUUGUAUUGCUGACUGACUGGCUGACUGUCUGGUUCGCUGGCUGGUUGCUUGUACAGAGGCUAAGAAGAGAGAAAUUUGAGGCCAUUGUUAUCAGCUCGAAGCGGUGAAGGCAGCGCUGGUGCCGGGGCGGAGGGUGGCGGUGGAGGGGGCGGGGGGGCGCGAGCAGGCAGCAGCAGGCUCCCGGUAAGCUCGACCAGCUCAUGGGCUAGCUAACCCGAAUAUAGCCUGCAAAUUGCGAGUGUUUAUAAAUCCUCUUCACCGCCCGUUGUCGACUCGAAGCCCGUUGGCGCUCCCACCUGUCAGCCGCUCGGGGUGCCCGAUCCGCCUGACGCGUUGUGCCGCUGGCGCUGCCGCUGCUCCAGGAGAGACUGUGUUGUUGUGGCGAGAGGCUGCGCUAGUUUGCAGCCCGCACCGGAGAAGCCGCGGGCUGGGGAGAGGAGACAGGCAUGAGGACAGCAGAGCUGCCGGAUAUAUAGUUCAUUCGAUUAUUUCUUAUUGAUACUGAUCAAAUGGAAUCUUUGUGAGGACGUAUGAUGCGGCGUUGCUGUGUCCGUUCCGGACUGGACCGGGACUGCCGGUGCUAAGGAAGGUCAGGUUGCAGGGGACCGUUGGAGAGACACCGUCACGUGACCCCCGGUACCAAAUGGUCUUCCGGCAGUGGUUUUCAUUAAGGACCGGAGCAAAAGAAGACGCUGCCAUCUCUCUCAGAAAUGCAGAAGACAACAUACUACGACAACUCCCCAACGCUUUUUGGUGGCUACUCUACCUACCAGGUGCAAGGAGCAGCAGCAGCUGCCAAUGGCUUUGGGGGCUACGAUGCCCCGGUCCCAGUGUCCCACCACCAACCUCCCUUCCAGUCCCCAACCCAUCUGGAUGUGGAUUCGUACCAACGCUCCGCCUGCUCUUUGCAGUCACUAGGCAAUAAUAGUGGCCACCAGCAGCAGCAGCUAGCCAAGACCAAGGAGCUGAAUGGCAGCUGCAUGCGGCCCAGUUUGCCGCCUGAGCACCACCCAGCCUCCCAGGUGUCCCCUCCACUGCCCCCCAAAUCCAGCAAUGGUAAUGUCACCACUCAGCAGCCGGGGGGCAGUGCUGGGUCUUCUACAGUCUCUAAAUCAGGCCCUAAUAAGUCAUCAAACUCUUCCUCCUCCACAUCUUCGUCUGCAUCAUCCAGCUCCUCUUCACUGCCGCCCAACCCAACGCUAACCAAGCAGAUCUUUCCCUGGAUGAAGGAGUCUCGACAAACAACCAAGCAGAAAAACUGUUCACCCAGCAACAACUCCGGCAACGCAUCAGGAGGCACUGAGAGCGGCAGCAGUGGGGAGAAGAGUCCUUCCGGAGGUUCGUCUGCAUCAUCCAAGCGCGCUCGUACAGCGUACACCAGCGCUCAGCUGGUUGAGUUGGAGAAGGAGUUCCACUUCAACAGGUACCUGUGCCGACCCAGGCGUGUGGAAAUGGCGAACCUGCUCAAUUUGUCCGAACGCCAGAUUAAGAUCUGGUUCCAGAAUCGCCGCAUGAAGUACAAGAAGGACCAGAAGUCCAAGGGCUUGAGCUCCAGCUCUGGAGGACCAUCUCCGGCUGGUUCCCCUCCUCUCACCAUGCAGUCCUCUGCCAGCUUCCUGAACUCAAUGCAUCCAAUGGGAGGGGGAGGAGGGGGCCCUACUUAUGAGACCCCCUCCCCACCAUCCUUUGGAAAGCUCCACCAGGGAGUGUCUUAUUCUAUGUCCACUGCCUAUUCCAAUGUUCCUAUGAAGGGCUGCCCUCCUCAGAAAUACGGUGCCCCAGAUCCAGACUAUGGUGAUCCCCACCACAGCCUAGUACAGGCCAACAAUGCUGGCUAUGGGACGCCAACAAACAUGCAGGCCAGUCCAGUCUACGUUGGGGGUGGCAGCUAUGUGGAGCCCAUGGCUGGCUCCGGGCCCUCCAUGUAUGGCCUAAACCACCUGGGCCCUACGCCGCCCCACCACCAAACCAUAGACUACAAUGGCGCAGGGCCCAUGUCAACUACCAACCAGCACCAUGUGGGUGGAGGGGGCCCUCAGGGUCCCUGUGACCCACCCACACACCCAACUUACACCGAGCUGUCAGCACACCACACCUCAACUCAGGGCAGAAUCCAAGAAGCACCCAAGCUCACCCACCUGUAGCAAGUUUGGAACAAAAUGACAAUGUAGGAAUUAGAAAAUAACAGAAAAUGUAACAUGACAUGACUCACUAAGAGACAAACCAAAAUGUGGGGACUACGCCGCUGCAGUGGGACAAUGAGAGGGGCGAAGCAGGACAGAAAGGUGACAUCCAGUGGUUUGUGAAAUGCCUUGUGCCGUAAUAUGCAAGAAACAGUGUUAAAUACCACUACCUUCAUUACAACAGCAUCAAAUCUGUUAUAUUAAGGACAAACAUUUCUUAUUGUUUUUGAAAGAACUGUUUGUUUUAUUUUAGAAACAGAAAGCUAAAAGUAAAAAAAAAAAAAAUCUGAGAUUUAAAUAAGCUUUGGCUGAACAUCACUGUGACAAUUGGAACCUCAUAAUUUAUUACAGUAAAUUGGGAAACAAAACCUAUAGUGUUUAUUAUGUCAUCUGGCUUCAUAUUCAGUAUUGAAUUUGAUUUUUCAAUAUAUUAUCCUACCUCUUGAGAAUGACCGUCUACCAUAGCAAGAAAUAUUUCAAUAUUUCAGUCAGUUAUGUUGAGUGUAUAAAUAAACAUCCAUGUUCAUAGAUUUAUGAUAGGCACUAGUAGAUAUUUGUAGCAAAUUGCAACAAUAGUAUAGUGAGCAUGGGGUUUAAAAAAGCCUAUAAUGACCCUUUAAGAGGUACAGCAUGGUUUCAAAUUUUCCUUUAAUGGCAAAAUAUCCCCCUAAGAAACAUAUAUACACACAGCUCUCCUGUCUGGUAGAUGAAAUGGUUGAGAUUUUAAUGGGCUGUUAAUGAGGUGGUUAGAUUUAUUAUGCUGACUUCUCUCCCCUGCAGGCAACACGUGUUGUUGUCAGCAGAGCUGAGCUAUGUGGACUGAUCUGUCUCUCCAUCACUUAGAACAUGAGGCAGAGAAAAAUAUAUGGCUCCAGCUGGUAGCACAGAGCUUCCUUUGAGCCUCGUGUUUUAUGAAGCACAUCACAACCACUGGACAGCUUUCCAGUCACUGUCUUUUCCCCCUGCAGUACCCAUCUCUGUCUGUCUAGACCCAAUCAUUACUAACCUAAUCUCACCUGCUUCCCCCUCCAUCCCACCUUCCCAGCACACGCAACCACAUAUGCACGCAUACAUAUUUAUCCGUACCAUCACUGUAACAGGGUUUAAGAUGAGAGCUUAAAGGCUGAACUAGCUUGAACAGGCACACUCUUGUUCUAAAGUACCUUUUGACAGUCACGUCGGCAUACACGCACAGCAACACUAAGCUAACUUCCUCUCACUGACACAUGUCCAGAAGCAGAUUUCCAGCUGCUGACAUCUCUAGAUAAAUGCAAGCGGGCACAGGAUCUACAAUUGUAGUGUCCUUAUUUAGCACAUCAUUGAGACAGGGUAAAAACGAAGAGUGGAGAGAACUAUUUAUUUAUGUUUAAAAAAGUCAUUGACAUUACCCACCUCACCCACAAACUCCCAUCCCAUUACACACUUUGGUUACACACCAAUGUGUGAAACCCCAUUUCCUCUUGUUUUAUGUUGUUCCCACAUGUCUUGACUUUUAACAUGGAAACAGGGUAUAUAUUUGAACAAAAAAAAAAUGCAUGUCCCACAUUUCUGAGCAUAUGUGUAAAACUUAUUUUUAAAACAACUGGAUUUAUUUUUGUUUUUAUCAGUGAGUAGAUUUUAGAAAAUACAUGUCAGACACUUCCAACUGUUGAACUGGGUGUCUGCAGUGACUGGGCACUGUGGAGUGGUUGAGCCAUCCACACUCACUGAUAAUCAGGAAAUAAAUCCCUCAAGUUGUUUUUAAAAGCUCAAGAUUUACUCAAAUGCUGUUUUACAGCUGGGCAUCAUUGUUGCACUUAGAGUUUACAUUUUGAUGGUUAAUGGUUAAAAAAAAAUAGAUAAAAUCUUAUUUUGAAGACGGAAGGCCGUCCAAUCAGAGCGUCUGUCGCUAAUGUGUGUUCAAUUGAACAUUCACAUAUAAAUAUUUAUUUGUUAUAGCCAGUUUAAAAAGAGUUUCGUUUUGUAAUAAUAUUAUUUAUCCUUUGUGUAUUUAUAUUGAGGAAGAAAAUCCUGUACUUUUUUAGUAUUUACCUGUAAUAAAAAGCAACAUUGUGUUUCCUCUUGUCCAUGUACUGAAGUUACAAUUUCAGUUCUUGUAUUUUAGAAGAAAAUAGGUAGUUUUUUGUUAUUAUUACCCUUUUUAUGUUAUUGUCCUUGUACAUAAAUGUCUUGGCUUGUACAGGGAAAGACGAGUGUUGGGUUUGGAAACCCACCCAUAGUCUGAAAAUAGAAACAACCUAUUAGCAGGAAAGACAAAAAAAUUCCUUUUGGAGGAAACAUUUUUCUGUCCUUUGUAGUUUCUAUUUUUUUUUUUUUCACUGUUGAUAAAGUUGUCUGUCAAACAAUUCUUUAAUAAAAUUUUAUGUUACACA